AUGGAUGAACUUCGUAAACAAGUUCUUUCUCACACUGCUGGUGAAGAGCGGGUUGAGGUUAAUCAAAGGCACUUAAUCGAUAAGAUCUUGGCGAGGUAUUCGGCAGAGUUUGUAGUAUUCCGGGAGCUAAUGCAAAAUGCAGACGACGCAAAGUCUUCUAGUGUAGAAAUUAUAUAUGAAACUCAGAACAAAAGUGCAGAAAAAUCUAAUAUAUUAAAAGAUAAGUGUGUAAGAAUAUUAUUUAAAAAUAAUGGCUUCGCAUUCCGUCCUGAAGAUUGGAGUCGAUUAAAGAAAAUUGCUGAAGGGAAUCCUGAUGAACAAAAGAUCGGUGCUUUUGGAGUUGGAUUCUAUUCAUUGUUUUCUGUUUGUGAAGAGCCAUUUGUAUCCUCGGGAGGUCAAGGAAUGGCAUUUUAUUGGAAAGGCGAUCAGUUAUUUGCUAAACGCGCUGCCAUUAAUCAAGAAGAUCAAACAUGGACAACUUUUCUUAUGGAUAUGAGAGACCAUGCGGAGUUUCCCAACGCCGAAGAUUUUGGUCGAUUUUUGGCCACAUCGCUAGGUUUCACAGGAAAUCUUCGCGAAGUAUCCGUGUAUUUCAAUGAUAAAAGGAUUAUACGUAUCACAAAAAAAAUGUCGGAUCCAAGGACUAUGACUAUAUUCUCUGGCUUAAAUACGACAUCGCCAGAAAGAAUGUUCAAUUUAAAAUCUGUUGAUGUACGGAAUGUGCAAUUAGAUGUCGAGAGGACAAUUAUUCCAUCAAAAUUUUCUUUAACGAGAUCGACUUUGAAUGAUUAUCCGACAGAAGAAACAUCCAUAUUUCUUCGAGUCGCUAGUGGCCAUUUAGAUGUACGAGUAUCAAGAGCAUUUUCGGCAGAUAUGGAGCGUAUAACAAAAAAGAAACCACCGAGUCAAACUACUAUUCAGAUGAUAUUUACUGGAUAUGACGAACAGUAUUUUUCUGAAGAUAAAAAUAAGAAAAUAUCUGGGAUAUUUAAAAAUUUAUUACCAUUUCCCGAACAAGGUAGAAUCUUUAUCGGAUUUUCUACACACCAGACAACUGGGUGCAGUUCUCAUUUGGCGGCCCGCUUAAUCCCAACAGUUGAGCGCGAAUCUAUUGAUCUAGUCGAUAAAACUCUUGCUGUUUAUAACAAUGAAAUGUUAUGUCUCGCUGGGAUUCUGUCAAGAAUAUUGUACGAAGAUGAAAUGAUUCAAAUAUCUAAAAUUUACAAAGAAAUUGUUGGUUCAAACGCAAAGACUGAUGAAGCUACAAAUUCGGCGCGUGAGUGGCUUGAAAAACGAGCUGCACAUGCACUUUCCCAUUUUACGUUUAAACCUAGCACACCUAAUCCACACGUUGGCCAAAUUAUUGAGUCUCAAUUUUUAAAUUGUGCUUCACAGCCCUUAUCUAUUAUGUCAACUCUUGGAGUUCAACUAAUUAACUUUGUACGAAUGCCUAACUCAGAAAUGGCGACUUUCAUCAAAACUAUUCCCACAAUUCCCAAAAUUGUCAUGGAACAAUGUGAUGUUUUUAUUAAAAAAGCUAGAAAUAAAAUGAACAUUAUUAAAGAUAUUUCACUCGGCGAUGUCUUUAAUGAAUUACAAAACCGCACUCUUUCACAAGAGGACACGGUGGCAUUGAUGAAGUGGUGGAUAGGUUAUCGAACCAAAGAACAAGUUUCGGAAUCAGAUGUUCAGCAACUAUUAAAACUUGCUGUAGUUUGUAUUGGUGACAACGUGAUACCAUUAAAUAAAAUUCAAUAUUGGUUAAAUCCUACUGUGAUUCCGCCUGAUUAUGAAGUUCCAUCUAGUGUUUUACCUUAUUCAAUAAGUAAAUCAUUUCAAAAAAAUGAUAUCGAAAAGUGGUUCGGAGAAGGUUCUUGGAAUCAUUGCAAGAAGUUAUCAGAAAUGUUCAUCAAACGACCAGAAUACGAUCAAACAGUUGCUUGUUGGAAAAAAAUGUAUUCCUACAAAGCACGGAUUGAAAAUACCGGACGAUUC